AUGCUCGCCAUUCUCCACGCCUGGGUCAAAGCGAAUGGACCCUUUGAGGUCUCACCUCGAGAGGCGUUGGCCGCACCGACCACCGAUGCGGAGACCUAUAUCCAAAGCAUUGUUAUUCUUACCUUAGGUCUCGCAAUUAGCGACUGGAUAAUGGCCAUCAACUUCCUGUCCUCCUCGGCAAUGGACGUCAGCGGGCAUCUGAUUGGAGAGCCUGACCUUGAAGGAUUCUGUAGCUUCAAUGGCUUCAUGACACAGGUUUUUGUCGUUCAAACAGACUACUGGGUUCUCACUAUUGCGAUCUGCACAUACGUAAUUCUGGCCGAUCAUAAGCACAUCUCUUGCUGGGUCCAAGAGAACUGUCGACAAUUAAUGGCAAUCCCAUGGGUUUUCUCCGUUAUUUGGGCGUCAAUCGGCUUGGGCGUUGCGGGUUAUGGCGACAUUGGAGCCUGGUGCUGGUUCACCUCUGAUGAAGUUCGUCUUCUCGUCAAUUUCGUUCCGCGCUGGAUCAUUAUUGCAAUCAUGCUAGCCAUGUACACCCGACUAUAUCUUGUGCUGUACCGGGCUCACAGUCCCUUCUCGUCAUCCCACGAAUCUACCACUGAUGAUUUGAGUCGACCAUCGGGGACUUGGGACUCUGCUACGCCGAAUGGCAGACGAAUAAAGAAGAUGGCCCGCCUCAUGCUCAUGUAUCCAGUUGCAUAUAUUUUUGUCUGGACACUGCCAACGGCGAUUCGUAUUUACCAAGCCUCGAAGGGGGUCUCGGCACCUUUUGCUUUACAGACGAUUGACAAGGCAUGCAUCGUGAUCCAAGGCUUUGUUGACGCGCUUAUUUAUGGCGUGACGGAACCAUCGUUGUCUCAUUGGCGCAACUUGCUCUUUCCUAAGCCAAUACCCACCACGGACGGCAUAAUUCUCACCUACGUUACUACGACGGGGCCACUCCGCGUCACGGCGUCGCGCUUAAGCGAUGGCGAGUCGACUACCGGAUUGAAGACAACCAUUACGGCCAAGGAUAGUAGGUCCUCGAGAGAUAAUGUCUUUUAA